AGGGGCGGAGCGGGGCGUGAACCGGAAGUCGGCCGCGAGCUCCGCCCGCCGCGCCGGGGGAGGCACUUUCGGACGGCCCACGGAGCUGUAGCCGACCUACGAGUCCUCCUUGCUGACAUUAUGCUCCAGUUCCUGCUUGGAUUUACUCUUGGCAACGUGGUGGGAAUGUAUCUGGCUCAGAACUAUGACAUACCAAACGUGGCUAAAAAACUUGAAGAAAUUAAAAAGGACUUGGACGCCAAGAAGAAACCCCCUAGUUCAUGAGGCCGACUCCAGCACUGCCUCCUGGAUAAACUGAUUCUCCUGUUCUUGAGGGCCUCGUUUACCAUCUGAACCAAAAGCUUUUGUUUUCAUCUCCAGCCUCAGCAAUUUUCUUCUUUGCUAGCCCCUGCAUUGCCUUACAGCACAAAUGGGGCCACAAGUUAAGAACAGCCCUUACUUUUCCAACAUCCUCACUUCUUCCCUUCCUCCUUCCAGCCACUUGGGAGGUCCUGAGAAUGGAAUUAUGGUGCUAGAUUAGUAAACAUGACCUUUAAUUA